UGUGUGGCACGAGAAGCUGGUGAACCUGCCUAUUCCCAAUCCAGCGCUGGGUCCCCUUGAGGAUCUUGCGUCCUCCUCUCCGAGUUAUUAAGGAUGCAGGACGUGUUUCGGAUUCGACGUGGAAAGAGGGAGGGAAGCACAUUAGCAUUAAGGAUGGAGAACCUAAUAAGGGGAAGGAAUCCCCCACAAUACCAGAGAAGUCCUUGUAAAGAGGUUCGUGCAGCACUUCGGAAGAGGCCUGAAGAGGAGUUGCAGUGCCUGGAGAUGACCACCAAACGGAAAAUCAUCGGCCGUCUGGUGCCAUGCCGAUGUUUCCGAGGUGAAGAAGAAAUCAUCUCAGUUUUAGAUUACUCCCACUGCAGUCUUCAGCAGGUGCCAAAGGAGGUCUUUAACUUCGAACGAACAUUAGAGGAGCUUUAUCUAGAUGCCAAUCAAAUUGAAGAACUACCCAAGCAAUUGUUCAACUGUCAAGCUCUACGAAAACUAAGUAUUCCUGAUAACGACCUUUCAAAUCUGCCAACCACUAUUGCUAGUUUAGUUAAUCUUAAAGAACUCGACAUCAGUAAAAAUGGUGUACAAGAAUUUCCAGAAAACAUAAAGUGCUGUAAGUGUUUAACAAUUAUUGAAGCCAGUGUCAAUCCCAUUUCUAAACUACCUGAUGGCUUCACACAGCUCCUAAACCUGACCCAGCUCUACCUGAAUGACGCCUUUCUUGAAUUUCUUCCAGCCAAUUUUGGAAGACUUGUCAAAUUGCGGAUCUUGGAGUUAAGAGAAAAUCACUUGAAAACUCUACCAAAGUCAAUGCACAAACUGGCCCAGUUGGAAAGACUUGACCUAGGCAAUAAUGAAUUCGGUGAGCUGCCUGAAGUUCUGGAUCAAAUACAAAAUUUGAGGGAGUUAUGGAUGGAUAAUAAUGCAUUACAAGUGUUACCUGGGUCUAUAGGGAAGUUAAAGAUGUUGGUAUACCUGGAUAUGUCAAAAAACAGAAUAGAAACAGUUGACAUGGACAUUUCUGGAUGUGAAGCCCUUGAGGACCUCUUAUUGUCAUCCAAUAUGUUGCAACAAUUGCCUGAUUCUAUAGGACUUUUGAAAAAACUAACAACUCUAAAAGUAGAUGACAAUCAACUUACAAUGCUACCCAAUACAAUUGGAAAUUUAUCUUUAUUAGAAGAAUUUGACUGUAGCUGUAAUGAACUGGAGUCACUACCUUCUACUAUUGGCUACCUUCAUAGUCUUCGGACAUUAGCAGUUGAUGAGAAUUUCCUUCCAGAAUUACCCAGAGAAAUUGGAAGUUGUAAGAAUGUAACAGUCAUGUCUCUACGCUCCAACAAAUUAGAAUUUCUUCCUGAAGAGAUUGGACAGAUGCAGAAACUAAGAGUCCUAAAUUUGAGUGACAACAGAUUGAAGAAUUUACCAUUCUCAUUUACCAAACUUAAAGAGCUUGCAGCUUUGUGGCUUUCUGACAAUCAGUCCAAAGCCCUUAUCCCUUUACAAACAGAAGCCCAUCCAGAAACAAAGCAAAGAGUAUUGACUAACUACAUGUUUCCCCAGCAGCCUCGUGGUGAUGAAGAUUUCCAGUCAGACAGUGACAGCUUUAACCCUACACUGUGGGAAGAGCAGAGACAACAACGCAUGACUGUUGCCUUUGAAUUUGAAGACAAAAAAGAAGAUGACGAAAAUGCCGGGAAAGUUAAGGAUCUCUCCUGCCAAGCCCCCUGGGAAAGGGGCCAGCGUGGGAUUACUCUCCAACCUGCCAGACUGUCUGGCGAUUGCUGCACACCAUGGGCCAGGUGUGAUCAGCAGAUCCAAGAUAUGCCCGUCCCCCAGAAUGACCCACAGCUGGCAUGGGGUUGUAUAAGUGGCCUCCAGCAGGAAAGGAGCAUGUGUACUCCAUUGCCAGUUGCAGCACAAUCCACCACUCUUCCCUCUCUAAGUGGCAGACAGGUUGAAAUAAACCUAAAACGAUAUCCAACUCCUUACCCAGAGGAUUUAAAGAAUAUGGUAAAAUCUGUUCAAAAUUUGGUGGGUAAGCCAAGCCAUGGAGUGCGUGUUGAGAAUUCAAAUCCAACUGCUAACACGGAGCAAACUGUGAAAGAAAAAUAUGAACACAAGUGGCCGGUAGCCCCAAAGGAGAUUACAGUGGAGGAUUCUUUUGUUCAUCCAGCUAAUGAAAUGAGGAUUGGGGAACUUCACCCUUCAUUAGCUGAGACCCCUCUGUACCCACCCAAACUUGUUCUGCUAGGGAAGGACAAAAAAGAAUCAACUGAUGAGUCUGAAGUUGACAAAACUCACUGUCUGAAUAACAGUGUUUCCUCAGGCACUUACUCAGACUACUCGCCUUCCCAGGCUUCCUCAGGAUCCUCUAAUACCCGGGUUAAAGUGGGGUCCUUGCAGACAACAGCUAAAGAUGCAGUACAUAAUUCUUUGUGGGGUAACAGGAUUGCACCAUCUUUCCCACAGCCUCUUGAUUCGAAGCCAUUACUCAGCCAGCGGGAGGCUGUUCCCCCAGGCAAUAUACCACAGCGUCCUGACCGGCUGCCCAUGAGUGAUACUUUCACUGACAACUGGACUGAUGGCUCGCAUUAUGACAACACAGGGUUUGUUGCUGAGGAAACCACAGCCGAGAAUGCCAACAGUAAUCCUCUCUUAAGUUCGAAAUCUAGAAGCACAUCUUCGCAUGGACGCAGGCCUUUGAUCAGGCAAGACAGGAUUGUUGGUGUUCCCCUGGAACUCGAGCAGUCUACACACAGACACACACCAGAAACAGAAGUGCCUCCUUCCAAUCCUUGGCAGAAUUGGACCAGAACCCCUAGUCCGUUUGAAGACAGGACCGCUUUUCCUUCCAAAUUAGAGACAACCCCCACUACCAGCCCAUUGCCUGAAAGGAAAGAACAUAUAAAGGAAUCUACUGAAAUACCUAGUCCUUUUUCUCCAGGUGUACCAUGGGAGUAUCAUGAUUCCAAUCCCAACAGGAGUCUUAGUAAUGUCUUUUCUCAAAUCCACUGCCGCCCGGAAUCUUCUAAAGGUGUUAUUUCAAUUAGCAAAAGCACAGAGAGGCUUUCCCCCCUAAUGAAAGAUAUCAAGUCUAAUAAAUUCAAAAAGUCACAGAGUAUCGAUGAGAUUGACAUUGGUACAUAUAAGGUGUAUAACAUACCAUUAGAAAACUAUGCUUCUGGGAGUGAUCACUUAGGAAGCCACGAACGACCAGAUAAGAUGCUGGGACCAGAGCAUGGUAUGUCCAGUAUGUCUCGAAGCCAGUCAGUCCCAAUGCUGGAUGAUGAGAUGCUCACCUACGGAAGUAGUAAGGGGCCACAACAACAAAAAGCUUCUAUGACAAAAAAAGUCUAUCAGUUUGACCAAAGCUUCAAUCCUCAAGGAUCAGUGGAAGUGAAAGCCGAAAAGAGGAUACCACCCCCUUUUCAACACAAUCCCGAGUACGUGCAACAGGCCAGCAAAAACAUCGCCAAGGAUUUGAUUAGUCCUAGAGCUUACAGAGGAUACCCACCGAUGGAGCAAAUGUUUUCAUUUUCUCAGCCAUCUGUGAAUGAGGAUGCUGUGGUGAAUGCCCAGUUCGCAAGCCAAGGGGCCAGGGCGGGCUUCCUGAGAAGGGCCGACUCCCUGGUGAGCGCCACAGAAAUGGCCAUGUUUAGAAGGGUCAAUGAGCCUCAUGAGCUGCCCCCAACUGAUAGGUACGGCAGACCCCCAUAUAGGGGAGGGCUGGAUCGCCAAAGCAGCGUUACAGUGACUGAGUCCCAGUUCCUGAAAAGGAAUGGCAGGUAUGAAGAUGAACACCCUUCAUAUCAAGAAGUGAAAGCUCAGGCGGGAAGUUUUCCGGUUAAAAACCUUACCCAAAGGAGGCCAUUGUCUGCGAGAAGCUACAGUACAGAGAGUUACGGUGCCUCCCAAACCAGGCCAGUUUCAGCUAGGCCUACUAUGGCAGCUCUUUUGGAAAAAAUACCAUCUGACUAUAACUUGGGUAACUAUGGUGACAAGCCAUCAGAUAACAGUGAUUUAAAGACGAGGCCUACUCCUGUGAAGGGAGAGGAGAGCUGUGGUAAAAUGCCUGCAGACUGGAGACAACAGCUGCUUAGACAUAUAGAAGCUAGACGGUUAGACAGGGCAGGCAGCCACAUCCAGACGUUGAUGGGGUCCCAAAGCCUUCAGCAUCGCAGCCGGGAGCAGCAGCCAUAUGAAGGAAAUAUAAACAAAGUGACCAUCCAGCAAUUUCAGUCACCAUUGCCUAUUCAGAUCCCCUCUUCACAGGCCACCCGGGGACCUCAGCCUGGACGGUGCUUAAUUCAAACUAAAGGGCAAAGGAGUAUGGAUGGAUAUCCAGAGCAGUUUUGUGUGAGAAUAGAAAAGAAUCCUGGCCUUGGAUUUAGUAUCAGUGGUGGAAUUAGUGGACAAGGAAAUCCAUUCAAACCUUCUGACAAGGGUUCAGCCUGAUGGGCCAGCAUCAAACCUACUGCAGCCUGGUGAUAAGAUCCUUCAGGCAAAUGGACACAGUUUUGUACAUAUGGAACAUGAAAAAGCUGUAUUACUACUGAAGAGUUUCCAGAACACAGUAGACCUAGUUAUUCAACGUGAGCUUACUGUCUAAAUAUUUUUUAUAAAUAGUGAAGAUACGUCUAGCCAGACCUAAUGUUCAAAAAUAAAUUUAUACAUAGAAACAAAUUUUGCCAAUUGCUGGACCAAUGGCAAACAUUAGUGCCAAAUGUAUAAUACUAUAUGUUAGCACUGACCAUCCUUAAAAAAUGUUAACUCUAUAAAUAUGAUGUUCAUGUGGUUAUGUAUUAGUUUUAAUUGUCAGCCUCUGGCUGUGCAUUGGUGCAGUUUUGUUUCUGUUUUUGUUUUUGUUUUUAAUCAAAUAAGUUUCUUCUCAAAGUGGAUUUCAUAUAAUUUCGGAGCACGGAAGCACACACAAGCUCUUUAUGAAUUCUGCUCUCCAUCAGAAACACUGCCUCAAAGUUGUAUAUGCCUUUAUAUAGAAAAUACAAAUAUAAAGAAUUGUAAUUCCCAUAAAAUAUUUCUAGCACAAGGUAUAUGUUGGCAUAUAUACAAAAAGAAUAUAGAGAAAAACAAUAUUUUCAUAAACUAAACAUCUCAGAUAGAGAAAAAAUAUAUCUUAAAAUAAGACUUUACUAUAUUGAAUCUUUUUCAAUAAAAAUUACAUGAUAAUGCCUUAUGAAAGUAACUGUACAUAUGGUAUAAAGUGUUUAUAUUUGGUUCCAUAUUCAUUUGCUAAAUUCUCAUGACACAGAGUGAAAUAUUUCAUAAAUUAGCCAUUUAUCUCUGGGACCCAAAUAAAAAUAGGAUGAACUAAUUUGUUCAAUGCCUUUAGCUAAUUACAAUAAAUGCAGAGUUUAGAAACAGACUAAAGGUCAUUGUAGUUAAGUCUUUUUCACCACAAAUUUAAGCAGUGGAUGAUGGGUGGCAGGAAAGGUAUUGCUUUAUUUCUUUCAAGUUCAUGUUGAUUAUAAACUGUAGCCCCUGUGAUUUCUUUACUUGUAAAUGUGGAAUUUAUUUGUGUGUUGCUUAAUCUAAUUUGCUACUUUUUAAAUUAUUUAAAACGAGUUUUGGAAAUUGAUAAAAUUUAUCAUUACGAAAGACUGCUGUUAGAAAGUUAUGGUAGGUGAUUUUAAAUCCUUGGUAUUUAAAUAUGAAACUUCAAAUAUAAUUUCUCAGAGCUGUGGUCUACCUGUAUCAUUAAUUUCAAUGGCUGUUUUUCUGGGCAGAAAUAGAUAAAAUACUUUUUUUCCAAAAACGGUUUCAAGGUAUGUAAAAUCCUGAAUGCUUUUUCACUGGAGAGAAAGACAAGCAUGGUUAAUGUAGAAUUAUUUACUUUUCCAUUGAAACUAUUUUCCUGCAUAAAUGAUCAAAAUUUAUUUUAUAAUCCUUCAAAAUACUUAUCUUUCAUAUUAGUCAUUAAUUUAAUUACAAUAUUAAUUUGAAUUUCCAGGAUAAUUUCCCGGAGUUGGUUGCAUGCAUUAUCUUUCAUAAUUUUACAUAGUUCUUUUGUUAUAUAAUGAAUUUACUUUACAUGCUAGUGUUUCAAGUAUUGUAUGAGGAUUUUCACAAUAGUUUCACUGAAUGAUGUCACCAGAGCUCUGAGAAUAAUAUUUGUAAGUUAACUGUUUUAUGGGGACAUUGAAAAUAUUGUAUUUUUGUAGGGUCUAUUAAAAUGAGUGUCACUUAUUAGAAGUACAGUGGUAUUUUUUGGCAAUAGAAUUUGUCACUUGGGAGAAAAUAAUACUUCACUUUAUAGAUGAUGCACUAAUUUUGAUGUUGCUUUAUGUCAGGGUGACAUUAUACCAUGAUUUUAUAGGGUUUGACAAUUAGCUAAUGAUUAACUGAUUGGCCUAUUUAGUAUGUUUCCCAGAAGUAACUUUUAAAUGCAUUUUAAUAUAUUGAGAGUUUCAGAUGAGAAAUGUCUUUCAGAGACUAAUUUUCUUUGUUGAAAACUCAUGUCAAGCCACCAUAUCCAGAUAUUAUAGGAUGAUCAUCAUUAAUCAAGACAGAGGCCUUUACUGGCCUCAUAAGAUCACUUAAAGAAAAAAAACUCAUGGCUGUAGUUUGGUGGCAAUGAAACAUCUGAAAUCAUCCCAUCAGUUUUUCUUAAUCUUUUAUGGGAGAAGUGGGAGAAGAGCCAGAUAUAGAACUGCCCCAAGUCUUUUUCUUAUGGUUUCUAUAUCAAACCCAGGGCUUCAGGAGAUCCUUCUAAGACACACAGCUGAAAGGAUCAUAAUCCUAGUAAACACCUCUGCCACUCCUGAUGUGACAACAUUGUCCUGAGCCACUUCUUUAGUACUUCCUGUUCUGCAGUUCAGAAAUGAGGAAAAGAGAAAAGGGAUCCUUGACCAACUGGAAAAGUUAUCUGAUAUGCCAAAGCACCUCACUGUCAAUAGUACUGCCAUGUUGCAUACUGAGAACAGGCAGGUAAUAAUGAAAACAGGCAGGCCAGGCGUGGUGGUUCACACUAGUAAUCCCCACACUUUGGGAGGCCAAGGUGGGCGGAUCACUUGAGGUCAGUUCAAGACCAGCCUGGCCAACAUGGUGAAACGCCAUCUCUACUAAAAAUACAAAAAUUAGCUGAGCAUGGUGGCGGGCACCUAUAAUCCCAGCUAUUUGGGAGGCUGAGGCAUGAGAAUCAAUCGCUUGACCUGGGAGGCGGAGGUUGCAGUGAGCUGAGAUUGUGCCACUGCACUCCGGCCUGGGCAACAGAGCGAAACUCUGUCUCAAAAUAAAUAAAUAAAUAAUUUAUUUAAGUAGAAAAGAGGCAAUUUUUUUUAGGUUGACUGAAUAGAAUCACUAAACACUUGAGGGGUAUAAACCUCACUAAUUCUAUAGGUGAUGAAAACCAAUUAUACAUUGAUUUUUGAUUAUUGACUUUUUGCAGUAACUGAUUUUGCUGCCUGAAAUUAGAAUCUGGUUAUUUUAACAAUAAAAAAAAGUCAAGGGUGUGCCUUUAAAAAAAAAAAAAAGAAAAA